GCAGAAGUCUCAACUCGCAAGCAAGUAGCAGCAAUGAAGAUCGCGAAGGGGGGAGAAUUCUGACAGGGGGUGAUUUUCGGCACAACACCUGUUCUAAAAAGGUUCCCGGGAGAGAUGGCGCGAGGGAGUGCGCAGGCAAGUGUAUUGUAAAAGGAGGAGAGAAAGAACGAUAACGAGUAGAGAGGAGCCGAAUUCAGAAAGUAACGUACGUCUGAGUAUCGUUGGAGAAAGAGGACGUGCUAGUUCUGGAAGAGAUUUGUUCCAUACCACCGAGUGACUGUCUUUUUCGCCAGAGUGAUGUUAGCUGUCUAACGUUACCCACCGGAGUGAUGGACAUCAAAUAAUUGUUACCGUGAAGAUAACAGACAUGUCGUUUAUAUUUAACUGGAUCUACAGAGGCCUCAGUGGUGUGCUGCAGUUACUAGGUUUGUAUAAGAAGUCUGGGAAGCUGGUGUUCCUUGGUUUGGACAAUGCUGGGAAAACAACACUACUGCACAUGCUCAGAGAUGACCGACUGGGACAGCAUGUGCCAACCCUACAUCCCACAUCAGAAGAGUUAACCAUUGCUGGGAUGACAUUCACAACAUUUGAUCUUGGUGGUCACACACAAGCCAGAAGAAUCUGGAAGAACUACCUCCCAGCUAUAAAUGGUAUAGUCUACCUGGUGGAUUGCGCAGACCAUGAGAGACUACAAGAAGCCAAAAUUGAACUGGAUGCGCUGUUAACAGAUGAGACCAUCUACAAUGUGCCUGUACUUAUCCUCGGGAAUAAGAUCGACCGCCAAGAGGCAAUCAGUGAAGACGCACUCCGAGGGAUGUUCGGACUCAUUGGACACACUACCGGAAAGGGCAAUGUGUCACUGAAGGAGCUGAACCUGAGGCCCAUGGAGAUCUUCAUGUGUAGUGUUCUGAAGAGGCAGGGAUACGGAGAUGGUUUCCGCUGGCUCUCACAGUACAUUGACUGAUCGAUCCAUCACUAUUUCUCUUACUAGAUUCACACUACAGCCAACUCAACUUACUGGGUGGGCUAGAUUAUUUCAAAUAAAAUGGUCAUUUCCAGCAUGGUUCAAACAACUAUGAUGGAUGUGUAACAAGUUCAGGUCAGCCAAGUACACAAGAGGACAGUCAUGCCUCACGAAUCUACCAGCUGGAAAAGCUAUUAACUGCUAGCGUGCUAUAUUUAUUGUAAUUUUUACAUUUGAGAAAGUGUGGCCUCAAUAAGUAAAUAUAUUUUUAUUGAUACAGUA